GUUUCAGCCGAUCAAUAUCGGUACGCGUUGACCAACUUCCGUAUUGCGCACGAGCAAGUCGAGAAGCAGAGACAACAGUUAGAGGAACAGGAGAGACAGGUUGCUUUGCUUAGACAACGGAUCGCUGUGUUGGAAGGCGGAGAUGAACAGGGGCUGACGAAGAUGAAUGCGCGUGCUGGGAAGUCGAGUGUGGAUGAUUUCUCGAUUAGGAACGAAGCUUCCAAGUUGGAACGGUUGAUUAACCGAUGGGCUGCGGAUGUCGUCCGUAACCCUCCAGGGAGUCUAGGAGACAUAUAUAAUGCCUCUCAGUCUGAUAUGGGAGGGUAUGAGAUCGAGAAUCCGACGCCGGCAUUGGUACAGAACAUCCUGCGGCACGCUUUAUCCGAAAUAAUAUCUGAGGGCAUCAUUAAUUGUUUGAUUGUCACUAAUUCGCCUGAAGCCAACAUCCAGUUGUCUCGUAUUCAUGAUCAUAUCUUCCAGCGCGAUCCCACUGUGGCCAGCGUUUGGAGACGGCAGACCUUCUCCGCCGCCGUUGAAGCCUUCACGACCGAAAUGUCGGAUUACAUCCUCAACGAGCAAAUCCCAACUCUAACAGAACUCAUCUUCUCCCCUUCUGCACCACCUCAGACAGCGGUGCUUGCCGCAGGAUUACGAAACAUUCUGAACACUGGGUAUGAGUUCUCUAGGACGCUGCAUGCGAGUAAGACUAGCUCUGCUGGAUCGACGGGAGGGGCAGAUGCAUUUUAUCGAGCGUUCGUGCCUGAUCUUGGAAGUGUGUUGUAUCCGACUAGGAUCGAGUUGUUGAAGAGAUGCAGAAAGCAUGAGAUGGGCGAAGUGGAUCGGGUCGGAGCUUGUGUCUUCCCAGGUCUCGUUAAGGUCGCACGAGGGGUCAACGGUAGUGCCUCUGAUGAUACAGACGGUGGUCAGUCGGUCAUUCGCCGUGCCCAAGUUGUUUGCGAGUGUGCGUUGGGACUUGGUGAUGUGGUGGUUGCAGCAAACCCAGGCGCGGCAGCUGCUCUAGAAGCUAAUUUUGAGCAACUUAGAGUUUAA